ACAUUUUGGCUCGAAAUACGCGCGAUCAUCAGCUUCCAACUACAUGUAGGAUUUCCGGUAAAAAUCUAUCUACAAAGAUACAAAAAAAAACCGGUAUGCUGGAAAGUUAUUUAAUAGACUAACUAAGACAAACUAUUGAAAUUCGAUAACACGCGACACUACAUCAUCAGCGGCGUUGCUGUCAACUUAAUCAAAUCUUCAUAAAAGCAUAAACUUUCCUUACUCUGAAGUAGCAAAUAGAGUUCCGUUCAGUGUGCAUCUUCAACUCUCGCUUCUAACUAUAGAUGACACUUGACCUUCUUCACAGUGACAAAAUUAUGCAACCCCUCGUCGUAAGUAUUUUCGCAAUCCUCCUCGGGGCACAAAUGCAGUCGUCGUUAUCGAGCAACGAGCUGAACCUACACCUGUGUACGCGCAACAAGACCGUAUCGGUGCAGAUACUCACGGGUCUGAACGACGACACGAGCUGUCAGUGUCAAGCCGGUCCCGCGAGCGACCCCUACAUCAGGCAAGACUAUCUCCACACACCCGGAAUCGGCUCGCACAAGCUUCACUUAGUCGCCAAGUCUUGGAACGACGCUCGGCGAAUUUGUAAGGAGGAGAACGCGCACCUGGCCGUCAUCAACUCCAAAGUCGAGGAGCGGAUUUUGUUAGACAAGUUGAAACGAAAGGGAGGACGCAUAAAGGGUGCCCAUGGCAAAAAUCAAGCCUACCUAGGGAUCCACGACAUGUUCAAGGAGGGCGAGUGGCUGACGAUUUUCGGCGAGUCGAUCUACUCCACCGGUUACGCGGAAUGGUCCACUAACUGGUACGCACCACAGCCGGACAACGCUGGGAACGGCGAGAACUGCGGCACCCUGGUGGUGAACGGAGGAAUGAACGAUAUUGCCUGCAACUUGCGCCUCGGCUUCUUCUGCGAGACUCCGCUGUCUUGCUCUGGUUGACAUGCUCUGCUUUUUCAUUUUUACCAGAACCACGUUAUUGUACAUUGACUCGAAUAAAAAGAAACACAAUGAUUAAGUGUACAUUCGUAGAAUCACUCUAUCCAGAUACACUUAUCGGCACUGGUUUUCCUUCUACGAUACUCUCCCGCUUCUUCGUACGCGUACUAGUAUAUGAAUACGCUGGUAAUCAGUAUAAAAAACGCGCGCGCAGUCCUUAUAUACAUUCUACUCGCGCUUUACAGGCAUUCCCGGACCUCGUCAUCGACUGUAUAGCCGCGCGAAGUAGGGAGAGAAGCCGUACUGCAGACUCUGUACAUGUAGACGAGCGAGCAAAAACCUGCGCGAUUCUUCAAAACAACACGAGGAGGAAGAGCCGAGCGACGAGCGAGGGAACCGGUAUCCGAGUACUUCUAUCAACUCUACAAGCAGUCCACGCAAAAUUGAAAAUCAUGUGGCCAGAGUAUCUCGUGAUUGCGACGCUCCUGAUGAGCAGUCAAAUCCCGUCAUCGGCCUGCAAUGAAUUAAACCUUCAUUUGUGCACGAAUAAUGAAACGGUCGCCGUGCAGGUUCUGACGAAAACCGAGAUAACAGGGACAAGGACAACAUGUCAGUGUCAAGCCGGCCCGGCGGAGAGCCCAGUGAUGAAAGAGGAUUACGUUCACACCCCCGGGAUCGGCUCGCAUAAGCUACACACCAAGGCCGCGUCCUGGAACGAGGCAAGGAAAAUCUGUAACGAGGAGGGCGCUCAUCUGGCUAUUAUCAACUCCAAAGCUGAAGAGGCUAUUCUCGUGGACAUGCUGAAGAAAGCGGAAGGAGUGAUAAAAGGCGGCUUGAAUACCGAGGAAGCUCAUCUUGGAAUUCACGACUUGUACAGGGAAGGCGAAUGGGUGACAAUUUUUGGCGAGUCCCUCUUUACAACAGGCUAUGCGAGCUGGUCGCCGACCUAUUUCGGUGGCCAACCGGACAACUAUGGUGGGAAUCAGAACUGCGGAGCUAUACUCAAUUUUGGGGACAUGGACGACGUUACUUGCCACGACAAGUUCGCGUUUUUCUGCGAGAUGCCAUUGUCGUGUUAGCCAUCGAUCACAAAAAAGUUGUUUAUUUCAUUGCUAGGCUACAUUGUACACUUAUAAUAUACACUAUAAGAUAAUAGUUUCAUCCAGACUUUAUCUAUCAAAAACUAUAUAAUAGCAUGCUACUGUACACAAUAUGAAAAAUCGAUAAAAUAAUUUGAAUGUAAAAAACUUGAAAGUUUCAAAAUACAGUUCUUAGAAAAUGAA